AUGAAUGACUCAUCAGAAGGCUCAGAGAAUGCCUACGCAAACACAAAGAAGGAGACAAUGAUGGAGGUCUUCAUGGGGGCCUAUUCAACUCUGGCAAGAGAGUCAAGACAGCUGCUAGCCAAAGUACAGCUCACUGCAGUGUUGUGCUGGAUGUCUCCUGAUAAUUGGCUGCAUCAAGUCAUGUGCAUUCCAUCCAGCAUCAAUAGGGUCACAAUGGUCCAGAUGUGGUGGGCAGACUAUCUCUAUGAUCAUCCUGGUCAUGUGCAGCGAGCAUUGGAUGCAUACACAACUGUUCAACGUGAGAAGCUAAAGGUGUGGUGCAAGAGAUGCUUCGAUCGCUGGGUCACAGAUGAACUUCAAGCAGAACAGGAUGCAGUCACUGAUAGCAGAGCUACAUAUCUGUUGUUUAUGGAGUUUGGGGCCUAUCGAAAACAGUUUCUGUUGCAACCCGAUGGAUUGAACGUCAUGGCGAGAACUGUCUGCGACAUCUGGAGUCCAACCAUCUUCGACUACUCUGGUAUCUUGAAACGACAAUGCACAUUCCGCAGUGCACACUCACAGCAGCAGCACUUUGAGUUCUGUGUGACGCGCUUGAUAGCAUCUUGUGGGUGGUCUCUCACCUGGGUGGAAAAUCCAGAAUUUCCUGCUUUCUGCGAGGAAUUUAUACCAGUGGCCAAGGUUCCCUCAAGAAAGCAACAUGCCCGCGGACACUUGGGGACCAUACAGUGCAAUGGCUGGACAGCCAUGAGUGUGCACCAUCUUCUUUCAUUUAUGCACACCGUCCGGAAGGAGGUGCAUACUGUUCAUACCUACGACACUUCCGGGGAGGAGAAGACUGCUGCAUGCCUCCUCGUCAGAAUCAAGCAAGUCAUGGAAGUUGUUGAGGCAGAAUGGGGUGUAACUGUGAUCGCAAUCACAUCAGAUUGUAGCGGAGAGGCUCGUGCUGCCCGCAAGCAAAUUAUGCAGCAGAGACCUGAUCUGGUUGCCCCCAACUGCUAUGGACAUCAGUGCCUUCUGGAUGCCAAGAACUCACUUGCGAUCUUGGUCGAUGAUGAGCGCAUCUUUCAUUCUGGAACCGCAGCUAGUCAUGCAAAAACUUGUGAGAUGAUCCUGAUUAUCAAAGAUCCAUUUUUCUGGCAUGGACUGACCAGGAUCAAGAAUCACCUCGAGCCUCUGGCUAUAGCCACCAAUGUUACUCAAGAAGUGCACUGCCAUCUCGACCAGGUUCUGCUAAUAUUCAGAUUCCUCUUCAUUCAUUUCAAUGUGCUCAGUGAUCCCAAUGAUGCCGUAAUACAUGAAAACAUCAUAGCAAGCAUUGAGUCAUGCUGGAGCAAGGCAGACCAAGAAGUUUUCAUUGCCGCAGUCAUUUUGAACCCAUUCUAUAAGAUUGCGCCAUUCGCAUGCAUCAACAUCUUCACGAAUGCUGGUAUCACCAUGCUGAUAAGGUGGCUCUGGCUACAUUUCUUCAAAUCUGAGGUGCCACUCAUUCAGCUAGGCAGUGAACUCCUCGAGUACUUGGGCAGCACUGGUUCGUAUGAGAGCAUGACUGUCUAUCAGUCUCAGAUUGAGAGUGAUGCAGUCACAAAGGGGAAACUCCAGAUCCUAUCACGAAUUGAAGAUGCAUUUGCGAGAUGA